GAUACAUUUUACUGAUUUACGUAGAAAACGACUCAAUUGAACAAGACGAGCGCCAGAGGCUAGAUAUGAAAGUGCGAUGCACGCCCACAACUUAACUUUAGAGUAAAUUCAGAUCGCUACGGCCUGCUAUGUCUCAUUGCGAAAACCAAGAUCUUUGAAAAGGGGAGCCAGAUCCCAGCUUACUCCCUUCUCCUUCCUCACAUUUCCCAAGACAAAACAGAUUACCCAGAGAACACCAGAACCAACAUAAUUCUGCAAUCAGAGCCCUUACCAAAUUUAUCAACAUGCGUUUUUCAAUCUUAUCGAUCGUCGCGGCGUAUGUAGCCGGAGCCAUGUCUCUGGUCAUCCCGCAGAACACUACUUAUAACGAGACCUCUCACGAUGGGACUCAGAACCUCACGUCUUCACUCUCUCCGGCGUCCCACCGUGGGGAUUAUCACGUCAGCUACGAUUGCGGCGGAAGUAUCAUGUGUCCCACCGUGAAGGUUGUCUGGUGCGACUUGGGCAUAAACCGGAAACUCAUUCGCAACGAUGAUCUCAACUACGGAGCUAUCGGAAGCGGAAAACCACAUUUCGGUGUCUGCCACGGGAAAGCCACCGACUUCGGCUGCGGUAUUAUCAUCCAAGGACCUAGUCAUUGCGUCCGAUCUGGCAACGAUAUGUGGUGGGAUUAUCAGGAAAUCAGGCAAUGGGGCUGUCACCAUUGCGGACACAAGUACUGGGGCGACGGAUGUUCGACUGACAUCGAUUACUGGCAGUCCUGCCGCCUAGUAUGGUAA